AUUAGAGUUGACCUGAAUAUCGCGUGCGUAUCCGGCCACUUGCCCUCGGCCUAAUUUUUCCUCUUUUGCUCACUGUCACGCCCAACCCGUGCAUGUGUCGAGGCCCUUCCCCCUGUCUCCUGUGAUGUGACCUCGGAGCUUGGGUCCUCUUCAACUCUUUGGUCCCUCCCGAGAACCUUCUUUUUGUUCAACCACUACUCUGCUCUUUUCUCUUCUGCAGCGUCUGUGCUCGGCGCCCAACCCGACGUUUUCCCACUCCCACCCUCCUUCUUCUCACCCGCCAUCCGCAUUCUCGGCGCCUCCGUCCGUCUGCCUCUGCAGUUGGAAUCACAUAAUCCAGCCACGCCCGUCACCACUCCAUUAGGUCACACCGUUUUUUGUCUGGCCGCCGCCAAGACCACACUACAGAGACCUGCGUGAGGGAAGAGAGAAAGGCCAGAAGGGAGCCGGAAGGGAGAGGAAGGAAGAGACAGGGAACCCGCUCAAGGAAGGGAACCUGAGCCACAGACUGUUACUAGCGGCGACACACGAUGGGCUCCCCUCCGCUGCUGGGCUCGCCGCUCUCGCCGCUGUCGCCCAGGCUGUCCAUCCCGAGUUCGAAAAUCAGUCUCAGGAACCGCCUACCGACGCAAAUACGGAGAUGCCUACCUCUAUACCUGACGUGCCUGUGCGUGGUGCUGCUGAUUCUCAACGCUGACCUCGUCGGCAUCAGCAUGCCCAGGCAUCACCGGCUCAACAUCCGGCGCGAGGCGUACAAGGACUACCUGAACAGCAAGUCGGGGCGCCACUCGGCGACGGCGCCAAAGACGCCGGCCAGGUUUCCACGCAAGGUGUGGCAGACGUGGAAGGUCGACCCGCUGUCCUUCGCCGAGCGCGACUCGCUGACGGCACGCACCUGGACGGCGCGCAACCCCGACUACCGCUACGAGGUGCUGACCGACGACAACGACAUGGCCUACGUCGAGUACCACUUUGGCCCCGACGGCUUCGACCGGCCCGACAUUGUCGACUUUUACCGCAAUGUCAACGCCACCAUCAUCAAGGCCGACCUGUUGCGCUACAUCAUCAUGUACGCCGAGGGCGGCGUCUACGCCGACAUCGACGUCGAGGCGCUCAAGCCCGCCCACCGCUUCGUGCCGGAGCGCUACGCCGAGGAGGACGUCGACCUGGUCAUCGGCGUCGAGAUCGACCAGCCCCAGUACAAGGACCACUCGAUCCUGGGCUCCAAGUGCAUGUCGUUUUGCCAGUGGACCUUCAUGGCCAAGCCGCGCCUGCCCGUCAUGCUGCACCUGAUCGAGAACAUCAUGGGCUGGCUGGACGGCGUGGCCGUCGAGCAGGGCGUCGCCAUCCCCGAGGUGCAGCUCGACUUCGACAAGGUCAUCUCGGGCACGGGGCCGUCGGCCUUUACGCAGGCCGUGCUCGAGGACAUGAACAUGCGCCGCAAGCUAGAUGAGAGCAACGGCGUGUCGUCCGGCGGGAAGCGCGGCCCGUACACGUGGGAAGACUUCCACGACCUGGACGAGUCCAAGGUCGUCAGCCGCAUACUCGUGCUCGACGUCGAGGCCUUUGCGGCGGGCCAGGGCCACUCAGAUUCGGGCAACCACAACGCGCGCGGUGCCCUCGUCAAGCACCACUACCACGCCUCCAACUGGCCCAGCCGCCACCCGCGCUUCAGCCACCCGGCCUACGGCGAGGUUGAGCGCUGCAACUGGGACCCCAUGUGUGUGGCCAAGUGGGACCAGGACGUGGCCGAGUUCAAGAAGCUGCCGGCCGAGCAGCAGCAGCAGCUCAUCGCCGCGAGGCAGCUUUAGUUUGGGAUUUCUUUACUGGGGGCGUUUUGAUCUAGUGUGGAUAGUCACGGCGUUACUUUUGUUGUCAUCUAUACACCUCUUCUUUGUAAUCUACAUAACCUGGCCAGGCUGUGCAUGGUCUCCAUGAUAUCCACACACAUGUCGCCCAAUUGAUACCAUGUCUCCCAACGAUGCAGAUCUACUUGUUGUCUGUCAAUCUAUUUAAUCAACUAUCGCUUCAUGAUG